UAUUAAACAAGAAUCAGGUAGACGAAGGGUAGGUGAGGUUUUGGUGUCCAACUCUCUCUUCUUCCAUCAUCAUACUUCUCCUUCUCCCUCUCCCUCUCCAAAUCCACAAUAUCGGGAUCUCCAAUCUCGGAGAUCCGCAGAGGUACAAUUUUCGCCAUCUCCUCGCUGUUCUUUGUAGCCAAGAUCGGAUUUUGGAGCGCAAACAGUUAGAUGGAUAAGGGAUCUAGGGAGACGAGGGCGAAUCAUGCUGGAGUAGCUCCGGCGGAGCCGGAUUUCCCCUUGCAAUGGGGGUGCCGCAAGCGCCUCCGCCGCAUCAAGGUCAGGGACAAAGGAUCCGCCGCAAAAUCUGGCGUCCGGAGGGGAAUCGCGUCUCGGAAUGUCCGCCGCAUCGCAGAUCAAGAGUUCCCCCCGCACCCGCCUCUUUAUCCCCUCAGGAGGUCGGAAUCGGCCGGGAGCGAGAACCAUAACUCCCGAUCCGUCUCGUCGUCGCCGGAUAAGGAUGACCGUUGCUACACGACCAGGGGAUCGGCGGCGUUGGUAUGCGAGGGCGAGAACGCCGACGAGAGAGCCUCGGCAGCCUCUCUACCUCGAUUCUUCGUUUCGCUGUCAAACAAGGAGAAGGAGGAGGACUUCAUGGCGAUGAAGGGGUGCAAGCUGCCGCAGCGACCCAAGAAGAGAUCCAAGCUCGUCCAAAAAUGCAUACUCUUGGUGAGUCCUGGAGCAUGGCUGUCAGAUCUCUCACAGGAGAGGUAUGUAGUCAGGGAGAAGAAGGGAUCAAGAAAGAGGAGAAGAGGAUUGAAGGCCAUGUCCAUGGAGAGUGACUCAGAAUGAAGUAAAAGGGAGAGAUGCCCGAGUUGGGAAGCUUUUAGAACAAGUGAAAUGAGUUCAGGCUUGUAUCAAUCAGACUUUGAACAAUGUUUGUGGAUAACUUUCUUGUUGAUGCAAAGGAUUGCACUCAAUCUAUAUCUA